AUGGCGCUCCGUCUUCUGCUCCUCCUCCUCGCCGUCUCCACCGCCGCCGACGCGCUCACGCCGGACGGCCAGGCGCUGCUGGCGUUCAAGGCGGCCGUCCUGCAAGAUCCCACGGGGGCGCUCGCCAACUGGGACGCCACCGCCGCGGACCCUUGCGCCUGGAACGGGGUCGCCUGCUCCUCCCCUGACCCCGGCUCCGCCCAGCCCCGCCGCGUCGUCGCGCUCUCCCUCCCUAAGAAGCGCCUCGUCGCGGCGCUCCCUAGGGCCCCGCUCCCGUCCUCGCUCCGCCACCUCAACCUCCGCAGCAACCGCCUCUUCGGGCCCGUCCCACCCGAGCUCGUCGCGGGGGCGCCCGCGCUCCAGAGCCUCGUCCUCUACGGGAACGCGCUCGACGGCCAGCUCCCCGAGGACCUCGGUGACCUGGCCUACCUCCAGAUCCUCGACCUCUCCUCCAACGCCAUCAACGGCUCCCUCCCGUCCUCGAUCCUCAAAUGCCGCAGGCUCCGCGCGCUCGCGCUCGCGCGGAACAACCUCACGGGCCCGCUCCCCGUCGGGUUCGGCGCCGAGCUCGCCGCGCUGGAACGGCUUGACCUCUCUUUCAACGGCUUCUCCGGCACCAUCCCGGAGGACAUCGGGAACCUGUCCAGGCUCCAGGGCACGGUCGACCUCUCGCACAACCACUUCUCGGGCCCCAUCCCGGCGAGCCUUGGCAGGCUGCCGGAGAAGGUCUACAUCGAUCUCACCUACAACAACCUCUCCGGUCCCAUCCCGCAGAACGGGGCGCUAGAGAACCGGGGCCCCACGGCGUUCGUCGGCAACCCGGGCCUCUGCGGGCCGCCGCUUAAGAACCCCUGCGCGCCGUCGUCCAACCCUUCCCUGCCCAACGAGGGAGGGGACUCGUCGGCACCCGAGGCAGCCGGUGGUGGCAAGGGGAAGAACAAGGGGCUGGGGAAGGUUGCCAUUGUGGCCAUCGUGCUCAGUGAUUUUGUGGGGAUUUUGAUCAUUGCACUGGUGUUCUUCUACUGCUACUGGAGGGCGGUUUCAACCAAGGACAGGAGCAAGGGGCACGGUGCGGCUGCCGGUUCUAAAGGGUCCAAAUGUGGCAAGGAUUGUGGAUGUUUCAGCAGGGAUGAGUCCGAGACUCCGUCCGAGCACGCGGAGCAGUACGAUCUCGUGGCAUUGGACCAGCAUGUGAGGUUUGAUCUGGAUGAGCUGCUCAAGGCAUCAGCUUUUGUGCUGGGGAAGAGUGGGAUUGGAAUCGUUUAUAAGGUGGUUCUUGAGGACGGGCUCACGAUGGCAGUUAGGCGGCUUGGGGAGGGGGGAUUGCAGAGGUUUAAGGAGUUUCAGACUGAGGUUGAGGCGAUUGGCAAGGUCCGGCAUCCCAACAUUGUUACCUUGAGGGCUUAUUACUGGUCUUUUGAUGAGAAGCUGCUGAUAUAUGAUUACAUUCCUAAUGACAGCCUCUCUGCAGCAAUUCAUGGUAAACCUGGGAUGAUGACAUUCACCCCGUUGCCAUGGGAAGCCCGAGUAAAGAUCAUGAAAGGAGUUGCCAAGGGUAUGUCUUUCCUGCAUGAAUUCAGCCCCAAAAAGUAUGUCCAUGGUGACUUGAGGCCAAACAAUGUCCUCCUUGGAACAAAUAUGGAGCCGUUCAUUUCAGAUUUCGGCCUUGGGCGACUUGCAAACAUCGCAGGAGCAUCACCAUUUGUGCAAUCAGACCGAGUUGGUUUAGAAAAGGAACAGAGCCAGCAAUCAGAUGCCUCAGUGAGCCCUCUCACGAGCAAAGGGUCAUGCUACCAAGCUCCGGAAGCGCUGAAGACACUGAAGCCCUCGCAGAAAUGGGACGUUUACUCCUAUGGUGUCGUGUUGCUUGAAAUGAUCACUGGCCGAUCACCCUCUGCUCUCUUGGAAACCAUGCAAAUGGAUCUUGUUCAAUGGGUCCAAUUCUGCAUCGAAGACAAGAAACCAUCUGCCGAUGUGCUGGACCCUUUCCUUGCCCAAGAUUCUGAACGGGAAGAUGAGAUGAUCGCAGUGCUGAAAGUCGCCCUUGCAUGCGUUCAGGCGAAUCCUGAGCGGAGGCCGUCGAUGAGGCAUGUUGCGGAGACCUUGGAGCGCCUCAAUGGUUCAAGCUAG